AUGUCUAAACGGUAUAUCUGCUCAUUUUGCGCGAGAUCGUUUUCCAGGUCCGAGCAUAAGCUCAGGCAUGAGAGGUCCCAUACCAAGGAGAAGCCCUUUAACUGCACCCUGUGUCACCACUCGUUUGUGAGACGAGACUUGCUACAACGCCACUGCAGGACGGUCCAUGGACUCCUGGUGAAGUCAAAUAUUGAAUCCGCAAUCUCUACAACCCCACUUUCUAGCGAACAGCGUGCACAGGCACGAACACCGGAUUUUAGGGUAGGUCGUCAGUUCCAGCCUUCACAACAACAACAACAGCCUUCGCAACAGCAACAACAACAACAACCGGAACAAACUUCGGUGUCGCCGACUUCAGACUUCGCGGAUCCGGAGGACGAGCCGGUUAUUUCAUCGAAUCCAAAUGUUCUUACCGAAAAGACCAUCGUUACUUUGCUUACACUGUCCAAGAAGUUCAGCCAUAUCACCAGAGACCUUUCGUUGGAUUCCAGUCUUUCCAACUAUCUACUUGUUUAUGGCACCAAAUGUCUCAACAAACUGCCUAUACUGGAUCCCGCGAAGUUGACUAACUUGGCCAGUUCAAACGAGUUGUUCUACCUGGUAGUAUGCAUAGGUGCCUGUGAGUGCGGAGACUUUGAAGAUGCCACCAAACUGUUUAACAUCGCAUGGAAUAUCAUCAUUGGAAAGAUAUCCUCCUAUGAGAUCAACUACAACUCUGCCAACUUCAACCAGUUUAUUGAGAACUUGAUAGUGCUGUGUUCGAUCUCCAUAUCAUACUUUUCACAGUUCUCUGCAGAGCAGAACAAACUGGCUAUCCAGAUCGACGUUUUGUUUGAAUAUCUCAACAACAUCAUUUCCACUCAGAUCGCCAACUCCAAGCAGUCCUCGCAUCCAUUCGUGAAAAACUAUCUGUGGCAUGCUUAUAUUUUGCUUUCUCAGUACUCUUUUGUGUACAACAAGUCACCGUCCUCGCUGCACCUGUAUCUGCUGGACAAGAAUGUGCCCAAAGAGGACUCCAGAUCUCAACUUCCGCUCAAGGUUUUGCUGAAAAAUCUGACUAUGACUUCCAAUGUCACGGCAGAUAAUCAGAGCUUGAAGCAUUCCAUGGGGUUUACCGAACAAUUGAUUAUCUGUGGACUCAUGAACGAGCUGCAGCUAAUCAAGUUCAAUGAUGCCCAGGCUGCGGUGGUGAAUUCAAGACUUCAGCUUCGUAGUGGAGUUUAUGAUGACGAUAGGAAUCUGCUGCAUAAUGCCAUCAUAUUGGCUAACAAGUCUUUUAAUUAUGGUCACAGCAACUAUCUUGAACGUUGCAAGAAUACUAACUCUGAUUUCAACAUUGGUGUGAUAAGGGACGAGAGAGAUGGCACAAGCGACUCUGCAGCUACCUCAAAAGGUGCUCUGGCCCUUGUCAACAGGUUUGUGAAUGACCAAGAUCAAAUAGGGUUCCUUAACCUUUUGAUAAUCACAAAACGGAGACUUCUUUUGAACUGUCCUUUAAAGUACACCGAUUUGCUCGCAAGCUAUGUGUUCUUGCCCAAAGACGAAACCAACUGGAGUAUGCUUGCUCUGACCCUAAAAGAGUUUCUCUAUAACGUGGAAACUACAUAUGGUGUUCCAAGCAGGCUUCAGGUUGAGUUUGACCUAUCCAAAUUCUUUCCAUUGCAAGGUGUCUGGUUAACAACUGAUGACAUUUAUACCAAUUUAUUCGAGUAUAUUGGUGCUGGCUUUUCCAACUUUCUGGUGAUCAACAAUAAUCUUGGAAUCACCUCCUUGCCUCUAAUAUUUCUGGGCAUUAUCUUCGUCAACAAGUCGCUCAACAAGCAGAUAAUAUAUCUCAAAUUACCCGAGAACAAGAGGUUGUUCUUGGAGUUUGUUGUGUCGAACUUCUUGGUGUUGUUUCGCAUUCUUCUGUAUCACAGGUCGCACAGUCGCUAUUUGAAUGGCGACAAACACUCUAAUGUCAAUGACGACGUUUAUGAAGAUGGCGAGUUCCACGAGGAGGACUGUUCGAUGCUUUCUGCUAUUCUGUAUGCUAUCAAAGAUCUAGGUGCGAACGUGGAUCAUGGUUUGGAAAAUGCUCGCGGUAGAUCUAGAAGUAUCACAAUUGGGGAAUUCAUUAACAACAAAUCGAAGGAACCAAAGGUUGAAAGUGUGAGAGAGAUCUUAAGCGAUGAUUUGCAAUUCUUCUUCUACUUCAAGAACCUCGAAAAGUGUCUUUUUGUCUGGUUGAGUGUUCUGGAUGUUGAGCCCCAAAAACUGGAAAGAUUCAGUGUUGCUUUGAAAUCAUGUCUCGGGAAUUUGGUUUACUCCAAGCUGGAGUUGAUCCAGAAAGACUCCUCACCAGUUCUAUCGCACUCUGUUCUUGAUUAUCAGCCGCUAGUCUCCCAUCAGCCUCAGCCUAUGAGAUCGCCCAAUUCUUCGCACAGUGGUUCAUCCUCGUUUGGAUUCAAGAAUCUCGACGAGGUCAAGGCCUACAACCCACCGCAGUAUAAUGCACCACAGGUCCAAGUCCCACAACAGGCCCAACAAUUCACGCGUGGCGAGUCACCCAAAGGUUCUGUUUCUGAUAACUUUAUCCACAACCUUGACCAAAACUCCAAGCCAAUAAUUGUACUUCCUCCCUUGCAAUUUUCCAAAAGGGAAUCUCUUAUCUAA